UUGUGGUCAAACACCCAAUCUUAAGUUUACAGGUAGUAUUCCUUUUCAUUGUUUGCCCUCUUCUCAUCAACCGUCACUUUCUCCUCCUGUUGCUGUGUUUUCACACCACUCUUCUUUACUACCACAAAACUACAAACCCCUAGUUAAAAAACUCAAGUAAUAAAUUAACUAAACUGCAGCUACAUCCUCUUCACACACACACAUAUAUAAACAUGGUAUAAGUAGGGGAAGUUAGGGUGGUUUGUUUAGGAAACCAUACUAAAACACAAUGGCACAAGAUCCUGAACAAGAGAGAAAGUCCAGUACUACUAGCCCAAGAAUCAGCAUCUCUGCAAAGCGCAAAUUCUAUGAGUUUCUUGGGAUUGAGCUCAGUGUUGCAGCUCCUCAACAAGAUGAAAACAACCCAUCAUCAUCUUCAUCAGCAGAAACAACAGCUGCAGCUGAAGGGUUAGAAGGGUCAGAAGAUAAAGAAAAGAAUGACAAGAAAAGCAAGAAAAAGGAGAAAAUGGAGGUGAAGAAAACAGAUGAGGAGAAGAAGGCUCUGUUGCCUUCAGUUGGGUUCAUGGAGCUUUUCAGAUUUGCAGAUAGAUUAGAUUAUGUUUUGAUGGGUAUUGGGAGUGUGGGGGCUUUUGUUCAUGGCUCUGCUUUGCCUUUGUUUCUUAGGUUCUUUGCUGAUCUUGUUAAUUCUUUUGGUGCCAAUGUUAAUAAUCCUGAUAAAAUGACCCAUGAAGUUGUCAAGUAUGCAUUUUACUUUCUUGUAGUUGGAGCUGCAAUAUGGGUUUCUUCAUGGGCAGAGAUUGCUUGUUGGAUGUGGACCGGAGAGAGACAAACGACCAGAAUGAGAGUUGAGUACCUUGAAGCAGCUUUGAAUCAGGAUGUACAAUUUUUCGAUACAGAAGUUAGAACAUCAGAUGUUGUUUUUGGAAUUAACACAGAUGCAGUUAUGGUCCAAGAUGCCAUUAGUGAGAAGUUGGGAAAUUUCAUUCAUUAUAUGGCAACUUUUGCUUCUGGAUUCAUUGUCGGUUUUACAGCUGUUUGGCAGUUAGCACUGGUCACAUUGGCAGUGGUUCCUGUUAUAGCUGUAAUUGGAGGAGUUCAUACCACUACAUUAUCUAAACUCUCCGCAAAGAGUCAAGAAGCUCAAUUAGAAGCUGGCAAUAUUGCCGAGCAGAAUAUAGCUCAAAUUCGGACUGUAAUUGCAUAUGUUGGUGAGUCCAGAGCAUUAAAAGCAUACUCAUGUGCUUUAAAGAUCUCUCAGAGGCUUGGAUAUAAGACCGGGCUAUCAAAGGGAUUGGGUUUAGGUGCUACAUACUUCACUGUGUUUUGUUGUUAUGCACUUUUACUCUGGUAUGGGGGUUAUCUGGUCAGGCAUCAUUAUACCAAUGGAGGGCUUGCCAUAUCAACAAUGUUCGCAGUUAUGAUUGGAGGAAUUGCUUUGGGACAAUCUAUCCCCAGUAUGGCUGCAUUUGCGAAGGCAAGAGUUGCAGCUGCUAAAAUUUUCCGGAUAAUUGACCACAAGCCAACUAUACACAAAAAUAGCAAAUCGGGUUUGGAGUUAGACUCUGUAUUGGGACAAGUGGAGAUAAAAAGUGUGAAUUUCUCAUACCCCGCAAGGCCAGACGUACUAAUACUAAACAAUUUUUCGCUUAGCGUUCCAGCCGGUAAGACCAUAGCAUUGGUGGGAAGUAGUGGCUCUGGAAAAAGUACGGUGGUUUCCCUCAUUGAAAGGUUCUACGAUCCAACCUCGGGUCAAGUUUUGCUAGAUGGUAAUGAUAUAAAGACAAUGAAGCUUGAAUGGCUAAGGGAGCAAAUUGGGCUGGUGAGCCAGGAACCAGCUUUGUUUGCUACUUCUAUUAAAGAAAAUAUACUCUUGGGUAGACCAGAUGCAACUUUAGAAGAGAUCGAAGAAGCUGCCAGAGUUUCCAAUGCCCAUUCUUUUAUUAUCAAGCUGACAGAUGGUUACGACACUCAGGUUGGGGAAAGAGGGCUGCAACUGUCAGGUGGACAGAAACAGAGAAUAGCAAUAGCCAGAGCAAUGCUUAAAAAUCCAGCAAUCUUGCUUUUGGAUGAGGCAACUAGUGCACUAGACUCUGAGUCAGAAAAACUUGUACAAGAAGCGCUUGACUGUUUCAUGAUCGGGAGGACAACUCUUGUGAUUGCCCACCGGUUAUCAACCAUAAGGAAAGCUGAUUUAGUUGCUGUUCUGCAGCAGGGUAGUGUUUCUGAAAUUGGAACACAUGAUGAACUUUUUGCCAAAGGAGAGAAUGGAACAUAUGCCAAGCUCAUCCGCCUACAGGAAAUUGCUCAUGAAACUGCACUCAAUAAUGCAAGAAAGAGCAGUGCAAGGCCUUCGAGUGCAAGGAACUCAGUGAGUUCACCUAUAAUGACCCGAAACUCCUCUUACGGCAGAUCGCCAUAUUCACGUCGAUUAUCUGAUUUCUCUAAUUCUGACUUUAGCCUAUCCAUAGAUGGGUCAUAUCCCAGCUAUCGCCUUGAAAAACUUCCAUUUAAGGAGCACGCUAGUUCCUUUUGGCGCCUUGCCAAAAUGAACUCUCCUGAGUGGACUUAUGCCUUAGUUGGUUCUAUAGGUUCAGUUGUCUGUGGCACCCUUAGUGCCUUCUUUGCAUAUGUUUUGAGUGCUGUUCUUAGUGUUUACUACAAUCAAGAUCAUGCUUACAUGAUAAGAGAAAUCGGAAAAUACUGUUACCUCUUGAUUGGGGUUUCCUCGGCUGCAUUGAUAUUUAACACAAUGCAACAUUUCUUCUGGGAUGUUGUGGGAGAAAAUUUGACAAAACGAGUAAGAGAGAAAAUGCUGGCAGCCGUGCUGAAAAAUGAAAUGGCCUGGUUCGAUAAAGAGGAAAAUGAGAGCUCUAGGAUUGCUGCAAGGCUGGCUCUUGAUGCCAAUAAUGUCAGAUCAGCAAUUGGGGAUCGAAUUUCAGUGAUUAUGCAGAACGCAGCGCUCUUGGUAGUUGCAUGCACAGCAGGAUUUGUCUUGCAAUGGCGGCUUGCUCUUGUCCUUAUGGCCGUUUUCCCUCUAGUUGUUGCAGCCACAAUUUUGCAGAAGAUGUUCAUGGAAGGAUUCUCCGGAGACCUGGAAGCUAUUCAUGCUAAAGCCACACAAUUGGCUGGCGAAGCUGUGGCAAAUGUAAGAACCAUUGCUGCCUUCAAUUCGGAAUCCAAAAUUGUGGCACUUUACAUCUCCAACCUCCAAGCGCCAUUGCGUCGCUGUUUUUAUAAAGGCCAGAUUGCUGGAUGUGGGUAUGGAAUUGCUCAAUUUCUACUAUAUGCUUCAUAUGCCCUUGGUCUUUGGUAUUCUUCCUGGCUAGUAAAGCAUGGGAUCUCCGACUUCUCAAAAACGAUCCGAGUAUUUAUGGUUCUUAUGGUCUCAGCAAAUGGUGCAGCUGAAACACUUACACUGGCUCCCGACUUCAUCAAGGGUGGCCAAGCUAUGCAGUCCGUCUUUGAUCUCAUUGAUCGCAAAACUGAAAUUGAGCCAGAUGAUCCAGAUUGUACUGUUAUGCCUAGUAGCAUUCGCGGAGAUGUGGACUUAAAACACAUAGAUUUUUGUUAUCCUUCCCGCCCUGAUAUAUUAGUUUUCCGUGACCUUUCCCUCCGUGCUCGAGCUGGCAAAACCCUUGCCCUCGUUGGUCCAAGUGGAUGUGGAAAGAGUUCAGUCAUUGCACUUGUACAAAGAUUCUACGAGCCAUCAUCUGGGCGGGUUAUGAUUGAUGGGAAGGACAUCCGAAAGUACAAUUUGAAGUCACUGCGACACCACAUUGCAGUGGUUCCUCAAGAGCCUUGCCUAUUUGCUACCACAAUAUACGAGAACAUAGCUUAUGGACAUGAAUCAGCAACUGAAGCCGAGAUAAUUGAAGCAGCAACACUAGCAAAUGCCCACAAGUUCAUCUCUUCAUUACCCGAGGGUUACAGAACAUUUGUGGGGGAAAGAGGUGUUCAGUUAUCAGGAGGACAAAAGCAAAGAAUAGCUAUUGCUCGCGCUUUCAUAAGGAAAGCAGAGCUCAUGCUCCUAGAUGAAGCCACAAGUGCACUUGAUGCAGAAUCUGAAAUGAGUGUGCAAGAGGCUCUUGAGCGUGCUUGCUCGGGAAAGACCACCAUUGUGGUUGCUCAUCGCUUAUCUACAAUAAGAAAUGCUAAUGUCAUUGCAGUUAUAGAUGACGGAAAAGUGGCAGAACAAGGUUCUCACUCGCAUCUUCUUAAAAACUAUCCCGAUGGAUGUUAUUCGCGUAUGAUACAGCUGCAGAAGUUUUCACACGGCCAACCCACCAUAAACAUAGCGUCUGGAUCAAGCUCUUCGAUACUUCUCAAAGAAGACGGGGUUCACUAAAAGUAAAAUCCAUUAUAACAAGCAAUUGUUUUUGUACUUUCUGGUAUAGUAUAGUUUUGUGAAUUUACAUGAUUACUUACCAUAGUAUAUGUUCUUGUUUAGCUUUUUAAA